AUGGUGUUGAGAUCCUUCGAGGUGGUGGAGGUGUUGAGAUCCUUCGAGGUGGUGGUGGUGUUGAGAUCCUUCGAGGUGGUGGUGGUGUUGAGAUCCUUCGAGGUGGUGGUGGUGUUGAGAUCCUUCGAGGUGGUGGUGGUGUUGAGAUCCUUCGAGGUGGUGGUGGUGUUGAGAUCCUUCGAGGUGGUGGUGGUGUUGAGAUCCUUCGAGGUGGUGGUGGUGUUGAGAUCCUUCGAGGUGGUGGUGGUGUUGAGAUCCUUCGAGGUGGUGGAGAUUCCAGAGAUGAGACUUUGUGCGUUCUCUUGUUAUGACUCCCGUGAUAACCCCGUGAACAUGUGA